AUGCUCAAGCUCGACAUACCUCAAAGUUGUAUGAAUAGCGCCCUCCGUCAAACUGCCAUCAACGGCAGCAAAGUCAUCCGUCGGUCUUCUCUGCUCCUCCAGACCGCCGUCCAAGUCGCCCAACCCAAUAAUCCUCCGUCUGCUACUACGACAGCAACACUUCACCACCACCAACACCACCCGUUGGAACGAGCGUUCCACACAUCAACGCCAGUCCGGGACACGGAGCAUCACGAGAAAGACGUAGGGGGCCUGAUAGACCGCAACACGCUGAACCCGUUGCGCAGCGAGUACUCCAAGUCCGGAACAGACGAUGAGGUGGCCACUCACCAGGUGGCCUUUGAUCCCGACAACACAGCGCCCGAGGACGAGGUCGAUGCCGCGGGACACGAGUCCCGGCGUCGCGGGAAUACGAGCAAUCCGCUCGAUGUGAGUCCUGGCAAUCAAGAGGUCAGCAAGGCGCGCGAUCCCAUGGAGGGCGGAGCGGAGCAUGGUGUGGAAAAAGGCCCAAGUGCUCAAGGAUGGACAAGGAAGCGAAGGCCGGUGAAUACCGGAGGGGUCCAGCAAUCAUGA